AUGACUGAUUAUUUUUUAAGAUCAGGAAAUUUUCAGACAUUAUAUCUUCACAAAAAUAAUAUCAAAGAAAUUUGGACGUAUUAUAUGAAAAUAAAAGUAUCUAAAUUAGUAUAUAAAAUAGGACAUAUUUUUGAGAUGAAGUUGUUGAUAUAUUUGAUCAAGAAUAAUGAUUUAAUCAAAGCUAGAAUAGUGACAGAAACUUUAAAAAAAAAAAACGAAACUUGUUAUUUUGAAUGGUUGGACAAUUAUUUAAAAAUAGUUAAUAAAUUGUUUAAUAAAGAUCUUUCAGGAGCAAUAGAAUUAUUUAAAAAAAUAAUUUCAAAUGGCAAUCAAGAAGUAAUACCUAAUAAAAUGCAUUCUAUUUUACUAACGGAACUUGUAAAAGCUAAUAAGAUCAACGAUGCUGAAAAUUUUUUAAAAUUAAUUUCAUCCGUGAGGAAAAUGCAAUGUAAACGAGUAUCAACACAUUACUAUAAUAUUUUAAUGGCAGGUCAUGUUAAAGAAAAGAAAUUAGAAAAUGCGCUUGAGAUCUUACAACAAAUGUCAAAAAACAAUGUCAAACCUAAUCGUUGCACAUACAACAUAUUGAUAAAUUUUUGUGCAAAACUUUCCAAGGUUGACCUCGCAGAAAAGUUGUUUAGUAAAAUGAAAUCAGUAGACAUACCACCAAAUGUUUUAAGCUAUUCAGGUAUUAUCGAGGCACAUGGAAAUGUGAUGGAUUUAGAUUCAUGUAUAAAAUAUUUUAAUCAGAUGGAAGAAGCAAAUGUACGACCAAACAUAUAUACUUACUGUAUACUGAUUACUGCAUAUGCAAGAACAGGUAAUUUUCAGGAGGCAGUGAAAUGGUUUAGACAUAUGGUGAUUCUAUCAAGAAUACAACCAAAUCUAAAGAAUAUUACAUCAUUAAUGGUUGCAUUGACAAAAGAUUUUAAGAAUGAUCCAGCACUGUUGGAUAAAAUUUUUGGAUUGAUUAGAAAUGAGGGACUUCAAUCAGAUGUUGUAGCAUACACGGCAUUAAUUAAUGCCAAAGCAAAAGUUUUGGAUUUAAAGGCGGCAAUAAUAGCAUAUCAACAAAUGCUUGAGGAAAGCAUAAAACCAAAUAUUUACACAUAUACAGUUCUUUUGGAUGCAAGUGCCAAAUUAGGAAAUUUCAGUUCAACAAUAAAAUUUUUUAAUGACAUGAGAAAAGGAGAUAUUGAACCAAAUCAGUACACAUAUUGUGUUAUAAUGAAUGUUUAUGCAAAUAAUAAUCAGUUAGAUAAGGCAUUUGAAAUCUUUGACCAGAUGAGGACCAAAGGUAUUAGCCCAGAUACUACAUGUAUUAACUGUUUAAUGGAUGCAUGUAAUCGUUUGGGAUAUGUUGAUAAAGUUUUCUAUCUUUACUCAAUUAUGAAAUCAGAACUCAAUAUUGAACCAGAUAAUUCAACCUUUACUAUAUUCAUUGAUUCGUGUUCAUUCAACAACGAGGCUUACCACGGAAUUAAAUUUUUUCAGAACCUAUUGAAGCAGAAUCAAACAUUAAAUGUAAAUAAUUUUGGUAGUUUCAUUAAUUUAUUGGGAAGACAUGGAUUUAGUAGGAAUAUUUUGAAUGCUUUAAGAUUAAUGAAAAAAUUGAGUAUUAAACCAAGCAAAUAUAGAACUAUUUUACCAGCAUUAAAUUAUGUUUAUUCAAUUGGAGAAACAGUAUUUUGUUAUCAUGGACCAACAUAUUAUCCAGCUCAAAUUCUUGAUUCAAAAAUAAAUUUUAUUGGAGAUACAAGCAAAAAAAAUGGAUUGCCAUUUGAAAUAAUUCAAAUGAAGACCAAAAAAAAGAAAAUCGAAAUAAAUAUGAGGGAUGAAAGAAUGGUAAAAUUUGUAGAUGAAUGGAAGUGGAUAACUAAAGAUCUAAUGUUGGUAUUUCCAAUGCCAUGUAAAAAGACAGUGAAUUGUAUCUUAGAUGAAUUUUUAGAGUAUAAAUUAGAAAAACUUGAUGGUAAUAUAUCACCAGACUCUAAUGUAAAGAAAACAACACAAAAACAUGAAUUGACGGAGACAAUUAAUGGAAUGAAAAUAUAUUUCAACGAGGAACUUCCAAUAUCUCUGUUAUAUCGGUUUGAACGACAACAAUACCUGGAACUCGUCGAGAAAUAUCUUGAUCACCAACCAGCUUCUAUUUACGGAGCAGAACAUUUAAUGAGAUUAAUAGUAUUGAUACCAGAUUUAGUAAAUGAUGUCCAGAUGAAUGAAGAAAAAGCACAACAGAUUCAGAUUUUGUUUCAGGAACUUUAUGAGUGGGUUUAUUUUGGAUUAUAUCAAAUAUAA